GACGUCCUGGAGCUGCGUCUCCACGCCAGCUCCGCCGCCGCCGCUUGGGCGGAGGAAGAGCCCCGGCGGCUUCGCGAGCGGCUGGCCCGCCUCGAGAAGGGCGACCCGGCCUACUCGCCGGAGUUGCACGACGCCCACCAGCAGCUGGCCAGGGACGUCGCCUCAAUGCAGGCGCUCAACCCCCGAGUCGACGAGCUGUCCCGCAGGACGGAGGCCCUCGGCGAGCUCGAGGCGCUGAAGCCCCGGUUCGACGAGCUGGCCCGCCGGACGGAGGCGCUCGGAGAGCUCCAGGCGCUCGCGCCCCUGGUCGAGGAGCUGUCGCGCCAGACGCGGGCGUUCGGCGAGCUCGAGGCGCUGAAGCCCCGGUUCGACGAGCUGGCGCGCCGGACGGAGGCGCUCGGAGAGCUCCAGGCGCUCAAGCCCCGAGUCGACGAGCUGUCCCGCCGGACGGAGGCCCUCGGCGAGCUCGAGGCGCUCGCGCCCCUGGUCGAGGAGCUGUCGCGCCAGACGCGGGCGUUCGGCGAGCUCGAGGCGCUGAAGCCCCGGUUCGACGAGCUGGCGCGCCGGACGGAGGCGCUCGGCGAGCUCCAGGCGCUCAAGCCCCGAGUCGACGAGCUGUCCCGCCGGACGGAGGCCCUCGGCGAGCUCGAGGCGCUCGCGCCCCUGGUCGAGGAGCUGUCGCGCCAGACGCGGGCGUUCGGCGAGCUCGAGGCGCUGAAGCCCCGAUUCGACGAGCUGGCGCGCCGGACGGAGGCGCUCGGUGAGCUCCAGGCGCUCAAGCCCCGAGUCGACGAGCUGUCCCGCCGGACGGAGACCCUCGGCGAGCUCGAGGGCGUGGGGGCCGCGGUGGAGCAGCAGGGCCGCCAGGUGGCCGAGCAGGACCGCCGUAUCGAGGGCCUGCGGCGCUACUGCGAGGGCCUCGGCGCCACGGUGGACCAGCAGAGCCGCCGGAUCGAGGAGCAGAGGCGCUCCUGCGAGGAGGGCCUCGGCGCCACGGUGGAGCAGCAGGGCCGCCGGAUCGAGGAGUUGAGACGCUCCUGCGAGGCCGCGGCGCAGGGCGUCGGCGAAACGGUGGAGCAGCAGGGCCGCCGGAUCGAGGAGCAGGGCCGCCGCAUCGAGGGUCUGGAGCGCUCCUGCGAGGCCCUCGGCGAGGCCGCGGCGCAGGGCGUCGGCGACACGGUGGAGCAGCAAGGCCGCCGGAUCGAGGAGCAGGGCCGCCGCAUCGAGGGUUUGGAGCGCUCCUGCGAGGCCCUCGGCGAGCCCGCGGCGCAGGCCGCGGAGCGCCUGGAGAGGGAGGCGCGAGACAGACAGGAAGCCCUGGCGGACCUCGCGGCCAGCACAAGGUCCGCGCUCUCGGAGGCGAAGACCGAGUUUGCUGCCAUGAUCCAGGCCGAACGUACACAGCGGGAAGCGCUGGCGGGCGCGCUCCGGUUGGACUCGGAGCAGCUCUUCGCCAAGGUGUCGGCGCUCAGCGACCCGGGCGCGGCGAAGGCGCAGGUGGAGGCCCUGACGGCGCAGGUGAGGGCCCUGGAGGCGCACGUGCGCGUCUCGAUCGAGGAGCGCGGCGGGCUCCAGCGCCAGGUCGACGCGCUGCAGGAGCAGCAAGAGCUGGUGGAGGCCGUGCGCACCCAGCAGGAGGAGCUCGUGCGGGGCGUGCGCGGGCUCCAGGAGCUUCUGGUGCAGGCCGCGCGGCUUCAG